AGGAAACUUUAAAACCCCACUUGAGGAAGGAAUCUUUAAGAAUCUCUCUCCGACUUAUGUUGCUUCAUUGAUUUUGGAGAUAUAUCCAUGGAAGAUAGUUUUCUUCAAUCUGAGAACGCGGUUAUGGACGCUGACUUCAUGGAUGGAUUGCUACUAGAUGGUUGUUGGUUAGAGACAACAGAUGGAUCUGAGUUUCUUAACAUAGCUCCUUCAACUUCUUCCGUUAGCCCUUUUGAUCCAUCUUCCUUCAUGUGGUCUCCAACUCAAGAUACAUCAGCUCUCUGUUCAUUAGGAGUUGUAUCUCAGAUGUAUGGUCAGGACUGUGUAGAAAGAUCGAGUCUUGAUGAGUUUCAAUGGAACAAACGAUGGUGGAUUGGACCAGGAGGUGGUGGUUCUUCUGUAACUGAGAGAUUGGUUCAAGCAGUUGAACAUAUUAAAGAUUACACAACGGAGAGAGGCUCGCUUAUUCAGUUAUGGGUUCCGGUUAAUAGAGGCGGUAAGCGAGUUUUGACCACAAAGGAACAACCUUUUAGCCAUGAUCCGUUGUGUCAAAGACUUGCAAACUAUAGAGAGAUCUCUGUGAAAUAUCAGUUCUCUGCUGAGCAAGAUGAUUCCAAGGCCUUAGCUGGUUUGCCUGGAAGGGUUUUCUUGGGGAAGCUUCCUGAAUGGACUCCUGAUGUUAGGUUUUUCAAGAGCGAGGAGUAUCCGAGAGUACACCACGCUCAGGACUGCGGUGUCCGUGGAACGCUGGCGAUUCCGGUGUUUGAACAAGGUAGUAAGAUUUGUUUGGGUGUUAUUGAGGUUGUAAUGACCACUGAGAUGGUUAAACUAAGACCUGAGCUUGAAAGCAUUUGCAGAGCACUUCAGGCAGUUGAUCUUAGGAGCACCGAACUUCCGAUUCCGCCUUCUCUAAAGGGAUGUGACUUAUCCUACAAAGCUGCAUUACCUGAAAUCCGAAACCUCUUGAGAUGUGCUUGUGAGACUCAUAAACUACCUUUAGCUCAGACAUGGGUCUCUUGUCAACAGCAAAACAAAAGCGGGUGCCGUCACAACGAUGAGAACUACAUCCAUUGCGUAUCAACCAUUGAUGAUGCUUGCUACGUUGGUGAUCCAACAGUUCGCGAGUUCCACGAAGCUUGCUCUGAGCAUCACCUCUUGAAAGGCCAAGGAGUUGCAGGUCAAGCCUUCUUGACCAAUGGACCUUGCUUUUCGUCUGAUGUAUCUAACUACAAGAAAUCAGAGUACCCUCUCUCUCACCACGCUAAUAUGUACGGUUUACAUGGCGCGGUUGCAAUUCGCCUGCGCUGCAUCCACACGGGCUCUGCUGAUUUCGUCUUAGAGUUCUUUUUGCCCAAAGACUGUGAUGAUCUGGAGGAACAGAGGAAAAUGUUGAAUGCUCUUUCAACUAUUAUGGCUCAUGUGCCUAGAAGCUUAAGGACUGUUACAGAUAAAGAACUAGAAGAAGAGAGUGAAGUGAUAGAAAGGGAAGAGAUAGUAACGCCAAAGAUAGAAAACGCAUCGGAACUCCACGGAAAUUCCCCAUGGAACGCCUCUUUUGAAGAAAUCCAGCGGAGUAAUAAUACUAGUAAUCCUCAGAAUCUUGGAUUGGUAUUUGAUGGAGGAGACAAACCAAAUGAUGGGUUUGGCUUAAAAAGAGGUUUUGACUACACCAUGGAUUCUAAUGUCAAUGAAAGCAGCACUUUCUCUAGUGGCGGUUUCAGUAUGAUGGCCGAGAAAAAGCGUACAAAAGCAGAUAAAACCAUCACUUUGGAUGUUCUUCGACAGUAUUUCGCAGGGAGCUUGAAAGAUGCAGCCAAGAAUAUCGGUGUUUGUCCAACGACCUUGAAGAGAAUAUGCAGACAGCAUGGUAUACAGAGAUGGCCUUCAAGGAAGAUCAAGAAAGUGGGACAUUCUCUGCAGAAGAUCCAACGAGUGAUUGAUUCAGUUCAAGGUGUUUCUGGUCCUCUUCCCAUAGGCUCCUUCUACGCAAAUUUCCCCAAUUUAGUCUCACAGUCACAAGAACCAUCACAACAAGCCAAGACCUCGCCUCCUCCUCCGCCGCCAGUGCAGCUAGCAAAGUCCCCUGUUUCCUCAUACAGUCACAGUUCAAACUCUAGCCAAUGUUGCUCCAGUGAAACCCAACUAAACAGCGGUGCAACAACUGAUCCUCCUUCAACUGAUGUAGUAGGUGCAUUGAAGAAGACAAGUAGCGAAAUCGAGCUUCAAAGCUCGAGUCUUGACGAGACAAUUUUGACUCUCUCCAGUUUAGAAAACAUCCCUCAAGGCACCAACUUGUUAUCAUCUCAAGAUGAGGACUUUCUGAGGAUUAAAGUUAGCUAUGGAGAAGAGAAGAUCAGAUUACGGAUGCGGAAUUCGCGCAGGUUAACAGAUCUAUUGUGGGAGAUUGGGAAGCGGUUUAGCAUAGAGGAUAUGAGCAGGUAUGAUCUAAAGUACUUAGAUGAAGACAAUGAAUGGGUUUUGUUGACAUGCGACGAAGAUGUAGAAGAGUGCGUAGAUGUUUGCAGAACCACACCAAGUCAUACCAUUAAGCUUUUGCUUCAGGUUUCUUCUCAUCAUUUCCCGGAACGUUCUUUAGCUACAGAAUACAGUUUAUGGCACUGACCUCAAAUCAGAGAAAGAAAAAAGAAAAAGAAGCGUUUUAGGACAUGACACAGAAGAUAAUAAUACCUUUGUGUUCUG